GCCAGCUCCAGAUCCAGGAGAGUGCUGCUGUUCAGGAGGUUGGGAGACGUGUCUCUGGUGACCACGACCAGGAACCGCUGCCAAACCAAACCCAGACUCCGAGUCAAGAGCUGCCUGGCUAUAUAGCUCCUCUACCUUCUCAGUUGGCCGUUUCUGUGUCAGCGGAUCAGACUAACAGGAAGAGGAAGUGGCAGAGCGGCAGUCAGGAGAUCAGCGUCCAUCCACCUCAUGCAGAAGACCUGCCAAGCGCUCGCAGAGGAAGGACAUGGCGGCUGCCGCUGGAGGUGGCAUUGAUGACUCUGGUGGUUCCAGCUCCUGCCUGCCCCAAUGUCCUGCAGCUCGUGGAGUGGUUUGACAAUCUCCAGAGUUUCUGUGAGAGAACGGGCUACCUGGAUGAGAGCCUGGCAAAAGUGCUGCUGCAGCUCAUCAGCGCGUUGAAACACUGCGAGAGCCGCGGAGUCCCCUGCACCGGGACGUCCAAGCCCCAGAACCUGCUGAUUUCCGCGGACUCACAUGAAGUCAAGCUGCUGGACUUUGGCUGUGGAGACCUAGUAAAGGACUCGCCCUACAGAUGGUUUCAGUACGCCCCUCCUGAAUGGUUCGGUCAGCGUCGCUAUCAUGCAGGACCGGCUACUGUUUGGUCAGUCGGGGUGACUCUCUAUAAAAUCCUGUGCGGGUGGUUGCCCUUCAGAGUCACACGGAGAGUCACCUCCAAAAGCAUACUGCGCUUCCCUCGAAAGCUGUCUACAGAGUGCCGUCAGUUGAUCAGCGCGUGUCUCAGUGCAGCGAGCGGCAGAUCGCCCACUUUAGAUGACAUUGAGCUCCACCCCUGGUUAAACUGA